CACCGAUGCCUGAAGUUCUAUUUAUUUAAAGAUGUAUUUUUUAAAGGGCCGGCCCUGCGUGUUAGAAAUGUAGUGAAUCGACAGCGCACAAAGGGUUAAAUGCUUACAGGAAGUUCAUCCCUGGCGUGUAUAAAGACGCUUCCUGUGCUAAUUUUGUGAGAAACAUGUAUUGAAACAUUAAUGGCUUGACGGUAUAUACAGAUACAAGACUCAAAUAAGCAGCAGCACAAGAUGAACUACGUACCAGGGACGGCAAGCCUCAUUGACGACAUCGAUAAGAAGCACCUGGUGCUGCUCCGAGAUGGAAGAACAUUGAUUGGUUACCUGAGAAGCAUUGAUCAGUUUGCCAAUUUAGUUUUUCACCAGACAGUUGAGCGCAUCCACGUGGGAAAAAAGUUUGGUGACAUCCCCAGAGGAAUAUUCAUCGUGAGAGGAGAAAAUGUGGUGCUGCUUGGAGAGAUAGACAUGGAUAAGCCCUGUGACACGGUGCUGCAGCAAGUCUCCAUUGAAGAGAUCUUAGAGGAGCAGCGGCUGCAGCAGCAAGCCAAACAGGAGACCGAGAAAGUCAAAAUGCAGGUCCUGAAGGACCGAGGCCUGUCCAUACCCAAAGCUGACAACCUAGACGAAUACUAACGCAACCUAGUUGCCGUGGGCCUCUUUCUCAGUUGGCAUUGGACUGACGAGUUUUAAGUUGAACCUGAGAGUGCAUGGCAGCCUGACUUUUUGUUUUUAAGUGAGCAGAACACACCAUUAUCCUGAGUCAAUCUACUGUGAUGUACUGUAUCGAUUUAAUUUGAGUUUUGUAAGGGGGGGGUGUCAUGUCAAGAAAGUUUAAAAAAAUAUUUUUUUUUUCUGAAAUCACUAUGUUGACAAUUAAGAAUCAAUAGCACUUUGUAUUCUUUCAUCAUGUGGUGAAUGUUUAAAUAAUGUGGAACUGCUAUUGAGGGGGGCGGGGAGACUACAUGCUUUGGCCCAUUAAAGAGUUUAAUUUUU